ACCGGCGACGCUCAGGGUGGUAUCAUGGCAGUGUCUCCCUCUCGUGUGACAGAGGAAGGCUGAUAGUGGCCGCGGGGAUUAGUAUUAGAGCUGCAACAAUUGAUUCAUUUACAGAUACUCAAUGGAGGAUCAGCGACGAGCUGUACGAGGUUGCAGCCUUGUUAUCAAACAGCUGAGCUGCCGCUGAACAAAAACAGCUCGCCGCCGCCCCGCCCGUCGCCAGUCUUCGCGUGGCAAGCAAUAGGGGAGUUACUAAAACACACUCAAAGCCUUCAAGAUGCCGAGGGACCGUGCUGCCGAGCAACUCAAUGAGUUCAAGAAAAAUCAGAAGACGACUGAGGUGCUUACCACUGGCCAUGGGUGUCCACUGCACGACAGGCUCAACUCCCUCACGGUGGGGCCGCGGGGACCCAUCCUGCUGCAGGACAUCCAACUGCUGGACGAGAUGGCGCACUUCGACCGGGAGCGCAUUCCCGAGAGGGUCGUACACGCCAAGGGGGCAGGAGCAUUUGGCUAUUUUGAGGUCACCCACGACAUCACAAAGUACACUAAGGCCAAGAUCUUCAGCGAGAUUGGGAAACGCACUCCACUAGCUAUUAGAUGCUCCACAGUGGGUGGAGAAAGUGGUUCAGCAGACACUGCAAGGGAUCCUCGAGGCUUUGCUGUAAAGUUUUACACAGAGGAAGGCAACUGGGAUCUGGUUGGCAACAACACUCCCAUCUUCUUCAUUCGUGACCCCAUCCUCUUCCCUUCCUUUAUCCACACUCAGAAGAGGAACCCACAAACUCACCUUAAGGAUGCAGACAUGUUCUGGGACUUCAUAUCCCUGCGCCCAGAGACAACUCAUCAAGUGUCAUUCCUCUUCUCUGACCGUGGCACCCCAGAUGGCUACCGUCACAUGAAUGGUUAUGGCUCCCACACCUUUAAGUUGGUGAACAAAGAAGGAAAGGCUGUCUACUGCAAAUUCCAUUACAAGACCGACCAGGGAAUCAAAAACCUUUCUCCAGAAAGAGCAGAUGAUUUGGCAGGUUCUGACCCUGACUAUGCCAUCCGUGACCUGUAUGAUGCAAUCAGUGAAGGCAACUACCCAUCCUACACCAUGUACAUCCAGGUGAUGACCUUUGAGCAAGCUGAGAAAUGGGAGUUCAACCCAUUUGACUUGACAAAGGUGUGGCCCCACUCUGAGUACCCAUUGAUCCCCGUGGGCAAGAUAACACUUGACCGCAACCCACAAAAUUACUUUGCCGAGGUGGAGCAGCUGGCCUUUUCCCCUGCCAACCUUGUGCCAGGGAUCGAGCCGUCUCCAGACAAGAUGCUUCAGGGUCGCCUCUUUUCAUAUAAUGACACCCACCGUCACCGCUUGGGAGCCAACUACCACCAGAUCCCUGUCAACUGCCCAUAUCGCGCUCGUACAAAGAACUAUCAGAGGGAUGGCCCAAUGACAGUGAAUGACAACCAGACAUGUGCACCAAAUUACUACCCUAACAGCUUCUCAGGCCCAUUGGACUGCAAGUCAUAUGAAGGUGAACCCAGAUUUGCAGUUUCUGGUGAUGUGACUCGUUACAAUAGUAUGGAUGAAGACAACUUCACUCAAGUUUGCACCUUCUUCAAAAAAGUACUGAAUGAGGAAGAGCGGCAGAGGUUGGUGAACAACAUUGCUGGCCAUCUUAUAAAUGCUCAGGAGUUCCUGCAAGACAGGGCCAUCAAUAACUUCACUCAUGUUUGUCCCGAGUAUGGUGCUGCAGUCAGGAAUGCACUGAACCGCAUCAAGGCUUCCCAGACAUCUUCAAAUGUCCAUGCAGUGACAGCAUCAAAUGCAAAGCUGUGAGCAGGGCUGACCAGUUCAAGUAAUCCAUUACAUGCACAAGACAAGCAGUGGUUUGUUUACACUUUUCAUCUUUCAAGACAUUCAUGAGUAUAUAGAAUUUUUCUUGAGUGAGCAUUUAAUGUGUUUAUAGAUAGUUCAUCUAUAUGUUUAUAUACAGUGGGUUGGAAACAGUACAGUAGGAUCCCAAAGAGUGUGAAAUCAUAGUGUGAUUCACAAUCAGUGCAUGUUACAAAAUAUUCAACCAAGCUGCAGACCAAAAGAAAACUCCACAAAGUUAUAAAGGGAGGAACCAAAUACAAAGUAACACAAAGGAAGAACAAACAACAGCAGACCUGAUGGUCCUUACGAGGCUGUUUGUGACAAGCUACACAAACUAUCUAAUCAAAGGUGGAAGAUGAAGAACAGCAAAGGCUAAGGCUCCUCCCCACCCCUCCAGCCAAAGCUGGCAGGAAAGGAAAAAGAACCAUGCAGCAUGGAAAUUAUGUAGGAAAGAGGAACUACCAUUACUGCUACCACUAGCUUAUGCCUAUGUAGUUUGACCCUUAGCAUUAGUGAUAAUUUCUAUAGAGACAUUCUUGUGCUAUUGAGGACCCUACUGUACAGUAAUGUAAUCAAUCUUACUAGUUUUCAUUAUUUUAGUUACUUAAUUUUCAUGGAAUAAUUAUGUAAUUUCUUCAGCCUGUUUAUUCACACACACUUUAUAGCUCCAUAUCUAUAUGAUCAUAUGCAUUAAACCACUAGAUGCUAUAUGCAUAGGUUUACUUUGAAAGGCUAGAUGCAAUUAUUAAGAAAUAAUUGCCAAAGUACAGUUCCAUCUACAAUUAAAUUUCCAAGCUUGUAGUUCAUUAAAUUUUUUUUUUUUUUUUUUUUUUUUUUUCCCAAAAUUAUGCUUUAUUUCUCACUAGUUUUUGAUCCUUUGAAUCUGGUCACUGUAUAAUAUACUGCUUUGAUAUGGUAAACUAUAAGAAAGGUCUUAGUAUGGUGGUAAGUCACUUCCUUUUACUAGGAUUCUGUUUGUAAUCUAAUAUGAAAAAUGAUUGUACCCAACUGCCUGUCCUGUUGAAGCAGAGGGUGAUGUAAAUGCUAUAGCUUUUAAUUUGACUCCUGAAAAUAAUUACAAAACUGUAAUACCUUAACAGUUUUUUUUGUGAUGGUUUAAGACUUAAGGUAAGGAAGGCAUAAGCUAGACCAAAGUGUUAAAUUCCUAUUGAAUGCACAGUUUAUGUAACCACAUUGUGAAAUAUAUGUUUUAUGGUACAUAAC